AUAUACUAGCGCACAAGUUUGGAAAUGUAUACAUAAUAAUAUACUAUUGAAAAUAUUUCGAAACUAACGUGUGCGUAUACAACAAUAAAUAUGAAAAUUCUAAUAAUUUUUCUUAUUGCACUUUUUCUGUUGGCAGUAUGUCAAAAACAAUUAAGUGAAUUAAGAUACAGAAAUAGAUUAACCGCAAAUCAAAUUUAUAACAUCUUGACAUUGUCUAAUAAUAUGAAGUUUUUUCGUAUAACUAAUGGUGAUUUCGAUGGAUCUAAUCACAAUGUAAGUAAAGAAUUAUCGUUAAGAAAAAAAUUCCACAAGGUCAAAGAAGAACUUGACAAAUUGACUCAUAUGUUUUUGUUAAGAAGCUUUGGUUAUGUAGUGAAGAAUUUGCAUUAUCAUUUGUUAUACAUUCAUAGAAAAUUAAAAGAUCGGUCAGAUGGACCAUUAACUGCACAGGAAGAGGAAAUGAUUAGAUUUCCAAAUGAUCAGGAACUUUGUAUUUUUACGUAUGUGUACGAUUACGGUGAAUUCGACGUAGAAUACGUACUUGAGGCUAUGCAUUAUCUUAAAACGUUUACUGAAUCCGACGUAUCUCUAUUAAAGGUAGAACUAGCGCGUUUACACAAUAAUAUUAGAACGAAAAUCAUACUCCCUCAAACUGGUAAUUGGAAUUGGAAUGACAGUGUGAAUGAUGAAAUUCGGUUGAAGGAAAACUCAACAGAAAGAUGGAUGUAUAUAAAAGACCAGAUAUAUUGGGGAUCAAAAAUAUUUUGCGAUACAGCGGGUCCACCUUUAAUCGGCGAAGAUUUAUUCGACACGGAGGAAAUUAAAUCCGAUAUGUUUUUGCAACAUGUAUUUGUAGCUGAAGUAUGUAAAGUAGUCGUAAGUAUGUUUGUAGUAUCCAUAAUAUUAAUAAGUACAAUUAUUUCACAUAAAAUUACAUUUUAUACUGUAAUAUAUUGUACUGUUAAUUAAUUUAAUUUGAAAUUAUUGACAUUUCUAGUUUAAAAAUGAAAAUGAAAGUAUGUAUUCGAAGUUUCUAGUUCACUAUGUGCCUUCAGUAACACACCGUAUCAUGACAUGGGAUUGUAGCAACAUUUUGGUAAAUACGCAAAUAUGACAUAGUUAUAUUCUUUAUUUCUGGGGAUGUUUAUUUUUUAAAUCAUAAAUUGUAUGACACUUAUUACAUGUCUAAAUAACUGAACUAUUUUGAGUAGAGAGAGAGAGAAAACAGAUAGUUUUACAAUAGCUUCAGAAAUCGGAAUCAGUUAUUACUUGUACUUAUGACAUAAAUGUAUUAUUUUUGUAUAAUAAAAUAAAACCAAUCAUUAUUUUUAUACAAAAAAUUAUUGAUUUUUAAUUCUUGGUUCUUAGACAUUUUUAAACACUGAUAUGUAGACACUCGAAUUAUACAUUUUUAAAUAUGUUGUAGAAUAAAAAAUAAUUUAAAAAUCGGGCAUGGAAAAGAGGAAAGAUUGAAGGGAGAGAAGGGAGAAGAAGAAGAAAAGUAAAGGAGGGAGUAGAGUAGAGUAUGGGAAAGAGUAUGGAUGGGUAAGUUUUUAUACGGGGGUGAUAGGUAUAAGUAUAUUCAUACACGUAUGCAUUACGCAUGACGGCGAUCUAUAAAUCGAUUGGAUGAUUGAUUUAUAAUCCUUAUAAUUUAUUUUAUGUUCUUAAAUACAUUUUGAAGACAAACUUGUAUGAAUAGUCACAAGAAAUAAAUACAAAAUACUCUAGGAGAAAUGUAUUGUUAUAAUAUUUAAUUUUCAGUAAAUAUUAAUUAUUAUUAGGAGGUUUUUAUUUAUGUACCCUUACUUUUAAGGUUAUUGUGCGUUAAUUUAUGUGAAUCUAUCGAAUAUGAUAGUAGGCACUCGUCCGUUAUUCCUAUUACUUAAUACAAUACACAGUAAAUAGUGACUUAUUUUUAAAGUCUAUUAUUUUAAAAAUUAAAAUAUUAGGAAUUAUUUAUUAAUAAAUAUAAAUGUUAUUUUUACUAUAGAAAACCAAGGAGUUCAGUUACGAGUGCCACAAAAAAGAAGUAAUAUUUUAAUAUUCAUUUAGUUUCUUGGACAAUUUUUUGUUCUUUUAGCAAUAUUGUUUAUGUUUUGUAUUUAAUUAUAAAAUUUUGUACCUCUAAAAUUAUUUUACCAUGAAUAAGACAAUACAAUGCAUGGGCAUUUAUAUUAUUUUAGUACAAAUAUACUGUGAACAUAGUAUAACUAGGUAUGUAAACGUUGUAUAUAAUGAUGUGUUUUCCAUAUGUUAAAUUAAAUAAUUGAUGAUUCUGAAUACUAAAGACAGUUAUGGUUUUUAAUUAAAGUAUCGGUUGAAAUUAUUAAAAUGACUAUUGAAAAUAGUUUAAAUUUAAAUUUAAAAUUGUUCUGAAAUAUUGAGGAUUAUACAUUUGUCUGUAAGUAUUAUAUGAGUAUUAAAUAUCUAAUUGGUUAGAUAAAUUAGAUAAACGAGUGAUGGUCGCAGAAUUGUUAUGCAUAUAUUAAAACAUAUUUUAUAUUAGACCGAGCUAUUUUCUUAAAUGAAAAUGUGGAAAAACAGUGAAUGCACAAAUAUCGAAUAGAAAAUAAAACAUUUCGCGUAAUGUAUGUGUAUAUUUAGCAUUUUUUAUUUUUACGUACAUAUUUUUAUACAUAUUAUAUACAACCAAAAAACUAAGAAAUUUUAGAAACAUUUUGAUUCAAAAUAAUAUAUUGGUACUAUAUUUUUUAAUUUUAAUUUAUGGUCAAUUAAUAUUUUAUUUCAUAAUUUUAAAUAUAUUAAACAUUUUUUCUGUCAUAUUGAUCUUUAAAGUAUGAAAUAACCUGAAAAUAUUACUAUUACUAUUAAUAUUAAGUUAGAUGAGCACGCUUUAUCUUUUUUGGCAUACGUUUAAACGCGCUCAAAUAUAAUAAUAAAUAAAAAAUAUAAUACAUAUAAUAAUGAAAGAAACUGCCAAUGCAAAAACUAUUAGUACUAUUGUGUAUGCGUUUCCGGGCAAUGUUGUCAUAUCGCCAUGCACAUAAAUAAACAGUUAAUCUCUAUACUUAAAAUCGUCAUAAUUUUUCGUAUUUCUAAGUCUGGUAACAGCCUUAAUACGGAUCUUAGUUAAGACAGGUUAUAUUUAUCUUUUUUAUUUGCAGUAAAUUGUUUUUCAAAUAUAUUUGAAAUUUUGAUGUUCAAGAACUGAGGUGUUUAUGUUUUUCAUGAGAUCUGUACAAAUUAUUUUUUUUGGUCUAUUCAAAACUUUUUCCAAAGCUUCUCUAUUUUAAUUCUCCCGUAAUGAUAGAGUUCAACUUUUGAUGUUAGCUUUAGAAAAAUUUCAGUACUCAGCCAAAACUACUUUAACAGCGUAAUUUUCACCUUCUAUUAACAAACUCACUAUACAUUUAUUAAUGUUGAAUCUUCACUUGUUAAUAAUUGUUUUCUCUGUCCUGAAUGAUCGAUGGAUAAAAACAACAAUAAGUAAUCGUAAAACUCAACAUUAAUAUCACUAUGUUCAACGAUAAUGAUAACGUGUGUCUUAAUAUAUUUCGCAACGUUGUGUGGAAUUUAAAAACCUGAGCAUGUUCAAUCGUAAUAGCAAAACAAUUUAUCAAAAGGAUAUCGACGAUAAGGAUUGUACUCAAUCGUAUUUAUUCCUUUAAAUUUAUGUAGAAACGGAAAAUAAAAUGUUUAUUGUUUGUUUUUUUUUUUUUUAAAGGGACCUGAUAAAGAUUUCAUACGAGUAUUAAAUUUGGUAAUAUACAUAUACAUUAUUUAUUAAUAAUUUAAAAUAAAUGCAAAACACAGAUAAAAAUGUACACCCACCACCGUUUAUUUCAGUAUUUAAUUAAAUUUGUUCCAAACGGCAUUGUUACUUGGUUGUGAACAGAUAUUAACUAUUCGAGUUAUAAAAUUACAUAUUUGUAUUAAACUGUUUUAGUAGAAUACAAAUACAAUGAUAUAUGUUAUUAAUUAAUUACAGCUCGAGAAAUUCUAUAAUACACCAGUGAAGCCUGAGUUACAAUGGCGCAUCAAAAGAAAUGGUCCGGUCAAUGACUUUUAUAGCUUAGAAUCGUUACGAAAAUCAUUGGAAAAUAACAGAUAUUUCCUCAACGUGAUCCAAUACGACAAUAUCGCGGCCGACGUUAUGUUGUACGUCGCGAUAAAAGAAGGGUACAGAAUCGUAAAAUGGAUAGACCUUAUUAUUAGAAGUCAAUGUACAAAUAUUUCUAAGAUAGACGAUACUAUUAUGCAAUUAGAUUAUUCCAGGUCAAUUUUGUCGUUAUUCAAAUAUCAUUUCCACGCGUUCAUCAAUACAGUGUUGAAAAAAAGGCGAAUCGAUUUAAGAGAAAAUACUAAUUUGAAAGAGUUCAACGAUUUAACAAAUAAUGUGUUAUCGUUGAUGAGUUUUUUAAAAGGUUCGAACAUCGAUAUCGAUAUUAUACACAAAAACUGCCCAUUUAUAAUUGAUGAAAUAGCCAAAAAAUACAUAUCUGGCACAGGUAUGCCAUCAGGUAACCUAAACCCAUUUAAAAUAUUCAGCAUGAAAAGUCCUGUGCUUAAUAUUCGUAGAUUAACUAAUUAUGUAAGUAAUAUUGGUACUAAGUAUUAAAAAUUAAUUGUUAAAACAUUCAAAACAAUAUAAUUAAACAUAAAUAAUAAUAAGCAUAUUUUGAAAUACAACGUUAUAAUUUUUACAAUAUAAGUUAAUGAUAAUAAUAAUGAUUUAUUUAAUACAUAUUCCUUAAAUACACGAGGUAUUAGUUAAAAUAAAUUUUGGUGUUGCAAUUUUUGAUUACCGUCAACCCGUUGACAGAAAUAAUGAUGCAUUAUUAAAACGCUGCACGACGUGCCGCCACACAAACGAUAUUCCACUAUUCUUCCCCGACCAAAAUUUAAAAGUGGAAUGUCUCGUCAACGGCUUGACGGAAGUCAAAAAUGUGAACACCAAAAUUAAUUUUAACUAAUGCUCCGUCUGUUUAAGGUAUUUGGUUAGUAUUUUUAUCCCCAAAAAUAAGGAUAACAAAACAAAAACGAUGGUGUAACAUUUUAGGACUAUUUGUUACUUAAGUUUUAUACGAAAAAUUCAAAAAUAGUUAAUAAUUUUCAAAAUACUUAGUGUUCAACGAUAAAUGAAUCAACCGGUAUAUAAACUAUACAGUUAUAUUUUAAUAAUUAAAAAGAAUAUAUGUAUAUAAUAGAUGCAUACUAGUAUAUAAAUAUUUAAUGUAGUAUCUAAUGAUUGUAUAAAUUUAAUAAAUUAAAUAUUAUUAUUAUAAAAAAUGAACAGUAG